AUGACCCUGUCAGUGGCCCUGGCAAUCGAUCUUGUGACCAUCACAAAUCUCCCAUCCCGUCUCACAUUUUGGAGGAAGCCCCCGGCUGAUGCGACAUCGGUGCCCCGGUCCCUCCAUGAUGUGAGGAACCGUACCAAUGUACCUCCAUACCAUUUCUACAGUUGCUUGCUACAUAUAAAUCCGACCUCACCGUCUUACACCGAAGUCGGUGAAGAACCGUUCUCCCUUGCUUGGGCGUCAGGAAGCGUGCGUGCCGGUGGUUGCUCCACCUACGUGUGUAUUGUAGCUGCCAUAAGAGAUUCUUUUCUCGCUUCGAACAAAAGUUCAUCUGAAGCUGUAGCAUUUGCCACCAAGCUUGCCUCCAGUCCCGGAUCCGAAGAUCAAGCCCGAAUCUCCGUUGUUCGAGACAUCUAUCUCAGAUCAGCUCUACACAGCGAACAAAGCAUAACCUGA